AUGCUUACAUCUCAGCCAAGACCCUUUACUCACCGGCGAUCGGAGGUCAACUACUUCGCCGGAAAACAUCACAGACUCACCAGAAAAACCACCCCUUUUGCCGGGUUCAGGCGAAGGGUCCCUAUAAGGGCAGUGAUCAGCGGUGGCGAUAACAAGACCAGUGCAACGGAUGUGGUGGAGAAACCUGAAGAGGAUAAUGGGGCCUUGGUUUCUUCUUCUAAAAGUGGAAGCAUAAAUGUAAAAGCAGUGAUUAGUAUCAGGAAAAAGAUGAAGGAAAGGCUGACUGAGAAGAUUGAAGAUCAGUGGGAGUUAUUUAUCAAUGGGAUUGGUAAAGGAAUCUUGAUUCAGCUCGUCAGUGAAGAAAUUGAUCCUGGUACUAAGUCUGGAAAAAAUGCCGAGUCUUUUGUGAGGGGAUGGUUGCCAAAACCAUCAAAUGAUCCAUAUGUUGUAGAGUAUGGUGCCGAUUUCACAGUACCACGAGAUUUUGGACGGCCAGGAGCAAUCCUUAUUACCAAUUUCCACGAUAAAGAGUUCUUCUUAGUGGAGGUUGUAGUUCAUGGAUUUAGCGAAGGUCCUAGUUUCUUUCGGGCUGAUACUUGGAUUCAUUCAAGGAAAGAUAAUCCGGAAAGCAGAAUUAUAUUCAAAAACCAGGCAUAUUUGCCCUCUCAAACGCCACCUGGCAUUAAAGAUCUUCGACGAGAAGACUUGUUGAGUCUACGCAGUAAUGGAAAAGGAGAGAGGAAGCUGCAUGAAAGAAUCUAUGAUUACGAUGUUUAUAAUGAUUUGGGUAAUCCGGUUAAGGGUGAAGAUACUGUCAGACCGGUGUUAGGUAACGAAAAGUGGCCUUACCCAAGGCGCUGCCGAACUGGUCGACCUCAUACUAAGGAAGAUCCCUUCACUGAAACUAGAGUGGAGAAACCCCAUCCGGUUUAUGUUCCUCGAGAUGAAACUUUUGAGGAAAUUAAGCAGAACACUUUUUCCGCUGGAAGAUUGAAGGCUGUGUUGCACAACCUGAUACCAUUGAUUGCGUCUAAAUUGUCGAGUUCAGACAUACCCUUUACCAACUUCUCCGACAUAGAGAAGCUAUAUAAUGACGGUGUACUCUUAAAAGAGGAAGAUCAAAAAGAAAAAAAGAAUCAAGUUCUGACUAAUGUGAUGAAACAAGUGUUGACGGUUGGCGAUAAGUUACUGAAGUAUGAUACACCAGCCAUUAUAAAGCGGGACAGAUUUGCGUGGCUAAGGGAUAAUGAGUUUGCAAGGCAAAUAUUAGCCGGGGUUAACCCGGUUAACAUUCAACUGUUGGAGGGACUUCCAAUUUUAAGUACACUAGAUCCUGCAAUUUAUGGCCCUCCAGAGUCCGCAAUCACCAGGGAAAUAUUGGAAAAAGAGCUGCAUGGGACGACUGUUGAACAGGCUAUAAAGGACAAAAGGUUGUUUAUACUCGACUAUCAUGACAUGCUUUUGCCAUUUAUGGAGAAAAUGAACUCCUUGCCUGGGCGAAAAGCUUAUGCAUCCAGAACAGUAUUGUAUUAUACAAAUACUGGCAUUCUCAGGCCAAUUGUCAUUGAACUUUCACUUCCUCCUACACCUUCAUCACCGAGCAACAAGCGUAUCUUUACUCAUGGGGAUCAUGCUACAACUUACUGGAUUUGGAAGCUAGCAAAAGCGCACGUUUGCUCCAAUGAUGCAGGCGUCCAUCAACUUGUGAACCACUGGUUGAGAACUCAUGCCAGUAUGGAACCUUAUAUAAUUGCUACCCAUAGACAACUUAGCUCAAUGCACCCUGUACAUAAGCUGCUUCAUCCCCAUAUGCGCUAUACUAUGGAAAUCAAUGCCCUUGCGAGACAAAGUUUAAUAAACGGAGGUGGAAUUAUUGAAGCGUGUUUCAGCCCAGGUAAGUAUGCUAUGGAAAUAAGUUCUGCAGCCUACAAGAGUAUGUGGAGAUUUGAUAUGGAAGCAUUGCCAGCAGAUUUGAUUCGAAGGGGUAUGGCGGUUGAGGAUCCAUCAAUGCCCAGUGGCGUGAAACUUGUGAUCGAAGACUACCCUUACGCAGCAGAUGGUCUUCUCAUAUGGUCGGCCAUAAAAGAAUUAGUAUCAUCCUACGUCGACCACUACUAUUCUCAGCCUAAUUCCAUCAAGUAUGAUGUCGAGCUCCAAUCUUGGUGGGACGAGAUCAAGAACAAGGGACACCACGACAAAAGAAAUGAGCCAUGGUGGCCUAACCUUGCAACUAAAGAGGACUUAUCGGGCAUACUUACGACGAUGAUUUGGGUUGCUUCGGGUCAACAUGCUGCUAUAAACUUUGGACAAUAUCCAUUUGGAGGGUAUCCACCCAACCGUCCUACCCUCAUGCGGAAAUUAAUCCCUCAGGAAGGUGAUCCCGACUAUGAUAAGUUUCUUCUCAACCCCGAGUAUACUUUUUUGACCUCUUUGCCUACUCAACUCCAAGCAACUAAAGUUAUGGCCGUUCAAGACACCUUGUCAACCCAUUCUGCAGACGAAGAGUACAUAAACCAGUUGCACGAUAUUCAGAGACUUUCAUUUAAUGAUCCUGAAGUUCAAGAACUAUUUCAAAGAUUCUCCACCAAGUUAGAAGAGAUUGAGCUAAUUAUCCAUCGAAGAAAUAAGAAUAUAAAGCUGAAAAAUCGAAAUGGUGCCGGUGUCCCUCCUUAUGAACUGCUUUUACCCUCUUCUGCUCCUGGGGUCACCGGUCGAGGUAUUCCGAACAGCAUCUCUAUCUGA